GAAUAAACUAGGUCUGGGGCGAGCGCGGUUCGCCCGGUGUAUGCUUUAAUAUGUAUGAUGUGAUGCAUGUGAUGCUUGUAUGUAUUAUUGCAUGGUGGAUGAUUGUGGCUUAGUUAUAUUUGUUGUAAUUUUAAAUACGGCCUGCGUGUCGUGCCUCAUCUCUAUACUCUGGAUGUAAUUCUCUUCUUCACCUCAUAUUCUUUUCUCUCGAAAAUUAUAAGAAGACAAGAAGACGAAGUCCGUUCGUGAUAGAGAAUCCUAAGGAAGACGUGAUGGGCCGGAGAUAGAGAUCUCUUGAUCAAGGCGCUAUCGUUUGUUUUUCUUUAGGAGCCACAAUCAUUUCACGUUUACUUAUUAUGCAUGUGAUAUGGCAAACAACAACACAAACAACCUCGCCCUGCGUUCCAUUCUGAAUAAAGAUAAAUUGAACGGAACAAACUUUGUUGACUGGCAACGCAAUCUCUCCAUUGUUCUCCGCAUGGAUGAGAAAGAGUAUGUGCUCGAAAAGCCCAUUCCUCCUGCCCCUCCCGCUAACGCCCCGAAAGCGGUUAAAGAUGCCUACGAGAAACACGUUAAGGAUGAUAACCAGGUUAGCUGUGUCAUGCUGGCAACCAUGAUAACCGAGCUGCAAAAGCAGCACGAGGACAUGAAGGCCCACGCGAUGAUCGUGGCCUUGCGGCAGCUAUACCAGGGGCAAUCCAAGCAUGAACGUUUUCUUGUGAGUAAGGCUCUCUUUAGUUGCAAGCUCUCUUCAGGGAACCCGGUCCGUCCACACGUUCUCAAAAUGAUUGGUUACAUAACCAAUCUGGAGAAACUCGAGUUUUCCUUGCACAAGGAGCUUGCAACGGACCUGAUCCUGCAGUCGCUCCCUGAGCUGUAUAAGGGUUUUGUCAUGAACUGCAUGAUGCAUGAUCUUGACAAACCCCUUCCGGAGCUUCUUAAAAUUCUCCAGACUACAUAGGAGAACCUUACUAAGGGCAAGGGUGCUUCCGUCCUUAUGGUCCAAGGCGGAAAGGGGAAGCCGAAGAAGGGGAUUAAGAUUAAGGCUAGGAUGGUCGGAAAGCCUAAAUCAAAGUCCACUUCAUCUGCAACCCAGAAACCCGUAGGAGGGAUUGCAAAGGGCAAAUGUCAUCACUGUGGUAAGGCAGGCCACUGGAGGAGAAACUGCAAGACAUACCUCGCAACCAAGAAGAAGGAAGGUACGACCAUUUCUUCUGAGGUGUAUGUUAUAGAAGUUAACAUGUCUAUAUCUUCAUCAUGGGUACUAGAUACUGGAUGUGGGUCUCAUAUCUGUACUACCAUGCAGGGACUGAAGCAGAGUAGACGGUUAGCUCGAGGCGAGAUUGAACUCCGAGUCGGCAAUGGUGCACCUG